AUGGAGCUGAGGGCGGAAGUGCUGUCGCUGCUGCGCCUGCAGGAGGGGGAGGGGGAACGGGGGGGGAAAGAACAGGGGGCAGGGGAGCGGGAAGGGGGGGAAUGCGGAGCAGGCAGCGCGGAUGGGGAGCGGGAGGAGCUGGCGUUCGUACGGUUGUACGAGGUGGUGGUUGAAACGGGGACGGCGUUACAUCUCAUCCUGGAAUACUGCCAGGGUGGCGAUCUGCAGUUGCUGCUGGCAGUGCACGCCAUGCAUCGCAUGGGCAUAGUGCACCGCGACCUCAAGCCAGAGAACAUACUCCUUAGUAGCGGCCCCGGUGCUUGUAGAGGCCGUUGCACUGUAGCUGAGUGCAACUGCAGUGAAGAUGGGGGUAGUGAUGCCAGCGUUGACACAUCCUCUCCCUUCCUCCCGCUUCCCUCACCACCUCCCUCCCCUGCUCUCCCUCCAUCAUCUCCCUCCCCUGCUCUCCCUCCAUCAUCUCCCUCCCCUGCUCUCCCUCCAUCAUCUCCCUCCCCUGCUCUCCCUCCAUCAUCUCCCUCCCCUGCUCUCCCUCCAUCAUCUCCCUCCCCUGCUCUCCCUCCAUCAUCUCCCUCCCCUGCUCUCCCUCCAUCAUCUCCUUUCCACCUCUCACGAAACUCCCACCCACCAUCCCCCUCUCUCGCCUCCCAUCCCUCCUCCCCCUGUCUUUCUCUUCCACCCUCUUCCCCCACCGCUUCCCUUUCUCCUCUUGCACCUCCUCCACCUCCUUUUCCUCCUCUCUGCUCGUCCCCUCCUCCCUCUCCGGUCACCACGGCAGCCAGCCCCCCUGUGUGUCCCUGCACGGCAAUGAGAGUCAACGUGGCUGAUUUCGGUCUGGCAGCAACGCCCUCUUCUCCCACCACUACUCCUCCUCGUACCAUCACGGCAACCAGCCCCCCUCCCUGUCCCUGCACGGGCAUUCAAGUCAAGGUGGCGGAUUUCGGGCUGGCAGCGACGCUGUCGCGCGGGCAGACAGCGGCGUGUGGGGUGGUGGGCUCGCCCUUGUACAUGGCGCCUGAUAUCAUCCGCGGGAGGCCCUAUGCGGGGGAGGUCGACAUGUGGAGCCUCGGCUGCGUUCUCUACACCUGCCUGUCGGGUACUGUGCCUUUUCACGGGAGGACUCACCGUGAGGUUUUCGCUUCGGUGUUAGGUUCGGCGCCGGACUUGAAAGGCGAGAGCCGCAGUGCCGAUGCUGCUGGCAGGCUAGCUGUGCAGGAGAAGGUGGGUGAGAGUGCAAGCAGGAGUGAGAGUUCACCAGAGGUGGAGCAGGUGCACAGGCUGACCACGGGGUGUAGCAGUGGGACAAGUGUCAGCGCUACGGCGCGUCACGUUUCCUUGCCUUUCAACCCAGAGCCACCGGAACAGAGCACACGCCAUAGUGAGGCAGCCGUGAGAGGGGAGGUCGAAGGACAGGAAGCGUGCUGGGAAGCAACAGUGCAGGAUUUCAUGAGAGAGGUGCACGUGGUUAAGGCAUGUGUGAAAAUCCACGGAGUGGAAGGCGAGGUUGGGCAGCAUGAGGUGGGGCAUGAGGUGGGUUGUCCUGAUUGCCACCCAAGCAGUCCCAACAGUCUCUGCAAAAGCAGCCAUGCUGAUGCGUGCUGUCAGAGCAGCAGUGCCAGUGCUGCUGGCAGGCUAGCUACUCAGGAGAUGGUGCGUGGGAGUGAAUGCAGGCGCGAGGAAACAGGAGAAGAGGGGAAAAUGGCUGGGCUGACCAGGGGGAGUGGGAGUGGGAGCAGGAGGAGAAGCAUUGGCACUGAGGCGAGUCACACUCACACCUCCUCGCCUUUCAAUCCAAACCUACAGGAAGAGAGCAGACGUGGGACUCACCGUAGAGGUGGAGAGGAGGUGGAGGGUAAGGAGGCGUGUUUGAAAGCAUCAGUGCAUGAAUGUGCUGCGCAGCGGUGCAGUGAGGCUGCAGAGGUAGACAUCUGCUCUCCAGGUGGUGCUUGGGGUGCUGGCUGCUGUGGGAUGGUGCUGGCAGUGGCAGCAGUGACGCUGGUGGUGGUGGCUUUUAUUACAGCUGCAGUUGUUAUGACAGUGGUGACAGCUGCAGCAAUGACAGCAAUUCAAAGAGUAGAUGCAUUGGCAGCAGCAAUAGCAGCAGUCACUGCCUAUGUACCAAGAGUGCAAGAAGUGAUAUUGGUGAUGGAAGAAGCCCCAUUUGCUGCAAGGGCGGGGGAGACAGUGGCUGCAGUCACAGUCGCCUUGCUUGGAGGAUGA